GUUGAAACUACACCAAGAUGCAAAUUUUCGUCAAGACCCUGACCGGCAAGACUAUCACUCUCGACGUUGAGUCGUCUGACACUAUCGAGAACGUCAAGGCCAAGAUCCAGGACAAGGAGGGCAUUCCCCCGGACCAACAGCGCCUCAUUUUCGCUGGCAAGCAGCUUGAGGAUGGUCGCACCCUUUCCGACUACAACAUCCAAAAGGAGUCUACCCUCCAUCUCGUUCUCCGCCUGCGUGGUGGCAUGCAGAUUUUCGUCAAGACCCUGACCGGCAAGACCAUUACUCUCGACGUUGAGUCUUCGGACACCAUUGAGAAUGUCAAGGCCAAGAUCCAGGACAAGGAGGGCAUUCCCCCGGACCAGCAGCGUCUGAUUUUCGCUGGCAAGCAGCUCGAGGAUGGCCGCACUCUCUCGGACUACAACAUCCAGAAGGAGUCGACGCUCCACCUCGUCCUCCGCCUGCGUGGUGGCAUGCAGAUUUUCGUCAAGACCCUGACCGGCAAGACUAUCACUCUCGACGUUGAGUCUUCGGACACCAUUGAGAACGUCAAGGCCAAGAUCCAGGACAAGGAGGGCAUUCCCCCGGACCAGCAGCGUCUCAUCUUUGCCGGCAAGCAGCUUGAGGAUGGCCGCACUCUCUCGGACUACAACAUCCAGAAGGAGUCGACGCUCCACCUCGUUCUCCGCCUGCGUGGUGGCUAAACUUGACGAGUCUUUGAAAUUGUCUUUGUCAAUAAUCUGCUCAAUACAGUUUUCACUGUCU